AUGUCGAAAGUGAUCCAGAGGAAGAACCACUGGACUAGCAAGGUUCGCGAGUGCACGGUGCAGAGGGGACCCCUGGGCGAGCUGGGGGUGACCGUGCUGGGGGGCGCGGAGAACGGGGAGUUUCCGUACGUCGGAGCGGUGGCGGCGGGGCUUCCCGGAGGCAGCGGGGGCCCGAAGCUGGGCGAAGGAGAGCUGCUGCUGGAGGUGCAGGGCGUUCGGGUGUCGGGCUUGCCUCGCUACGACGUGCUGGGGGUCAUCGACAGCUGCAAGGAGGCCGUCACCUUCAAGGCCGUCAGACAAGGAGGAAAGCUGAACAAGGACCUGCGACAUUUCCUUAAUCAACGGUUCCAGAAAGGGUCUCCUGAUCAUGAGCUCCAGCAGACCAUAAGGGAUAACCUUUACCGCCAUGCUGUGCCUUGCACAACCCGAUCUCCAAGAGAAGGAGAAGUGCCUGGCGUGGAUUAUAACUUUCUGACUGUGAAGGAGUUCUUGGACCUUGAACAGAGCGGGACUCUUCUGGAAGUGGGCACCUAUGAAGGAAACUAUUAUGGGACACCCAAACCUCCCAGCCAUCCAGUCAGUGGGAAAGUGAUCACUACGGAUGCCUUGCACAGCCUCCAGUCUGGCUCCAAGCAGUCGACCCCAAAGCGAACCAAGUCCUACAAUGAUAUGCAAAAUGCUGGCAUAGUCCACGCUGAGAACGAGGAGGAUGACGUUCCUGAAAUGAACAGUAGCUUUACAGCCGAUUCUGGUGACCAAGAAGAGCACACUCUCCACGACACGACACUGUUGCCUGUGAAUAGUAGCAUCAUUGCUGCUCCCAUCACGGACCCUUCUCAGAAGUUCCCUGAAUACCUACCUCUUUCUGCAGAGGAUAAUUUAGGUCCUCUACCUGAAAACUGGGAGAUGGCCUAUACCGAAAAUGGAGAAGUCUAUUUUAUAGACCAUAACACAAAGACGACAUCUUGGUUAGACCCUCGGUGCCUGAACAAGCAGCAGAAGCCCCUGGAAGAGUGUGAAGAUGAUGAAGAAGGGGUCCACACCGAGGAGCUGGACAGUGAACUAGAACUGCCUGCUGGUUGGGAAAAGAUUGAAGACCCUGUCUAUGGUAUCUACUAUGUAGACCACAUCAACCGGAAGACACAGUAUGAGAAUCCAGUUCUGGAAGCCAAGCGGAAGAAGCAGCUGGAGCAGCAGCAGCAACAGCCGCAGCAGCAGCAGCAGCAACAGCCGCAGCAGCCGCAGCAACAGCUGCAGCAGCCGCAGCCGCAGCAGCAGCAGCAGCCGCAGCAGCCGCAGCAGCCAGAAGGCAAACCCUUUUUUACACGAAACCCUUCUGAGUUGAAAGGCAAGUUCAUUCACACGAAGCUACGGAAAAGCAGUCGUGGUUUUGGCUUCACAGUUGUUGGAGGGGAUGAACCUGAUGAGUUUCUGCAGAUCAAGAGCUUGGUCCUGGAUGGUCCUGCUGCACUCGAUGGCAAGAUGGAAACAGGAGAUGUAAUCGUCAGUGUGAAUGACACCUGUGUUUUGGGACACACACAUGCGCAAGUUGUGAAAAUCUUCCAGUCCAUUCCAAUCGGUGCCAGUGUAGACCUUGAACUCUGCCGUGGUUAUCCCCUGCCUUUUGACCCAGAUGACCCCAAUACAAGUUUAGUGACCUCCGUGGCCAUUUUGGACAAAGAACCAAUUAUUGUGAACGGUCAAGAGACUUAUGAUUCACCAGCUAGUCACAGUAGUAAAACAGGCAAAGUCAAUGGCAUGAAGGAUGCCCGGCCAAGCAGUCCUGCUGAUGUGGCGUCAAAUGGUUCCCAUGGUUACCCCAACGACACUGUCUCUUUGGCCUCUUCCAUAGCCACUCAGCCUGAACUCAUAACUGUUCACAUAGUUAAAGGGCCAAUGGGCUUUGGCUUCACGAUCGCAGACAGUCCUGGUGGUGGUGGCCAGAGAGUGAAACAGAUCGUGGACAGUCCGAGGUGCCGAGGCCUGAAGGAAGGGGACCUGAUCGUGGAAGUGAAUAAGAAGAAUGUGCAGGCUCUGACUCACAACCAGGUCGUGGACAUGCUGAUCGAAUGUCCGAAGGGAAGCGAGGUCACAUUGUUGGUACAACGAGGAGGGCUGCCAGUUCCCAAGAAGAGCCCAAAGUCGCAACCGUUGGAAAGAAAAGACAGCCAGAAUAGUUCUCAGCACAGUGUUUCCAGCCACCGAAGCCUGCACACAGCAUCUCCAAGUCACAACACGCAAGUGCUCCCCGAGUACCCGACUGCAGACGCCCCCACUCCAGAGCAAGCUGACAGUUCUGGGCAGAAAAAACCAGAUCCUUUUAAAAUCUGGGCCCAGUCCAGGAGCAUGUAUGAAAACCGACCUAUGUCACCUUCGCCUGCAUCGGGAUUGAGCAAGGGUGAAAGAGAGAGAGAAAUCAAUUCCACGAAUUUUGGAGAAUGUCAGAUUCCAGAUUACCAAGAACAGGACAUCUUCCUCUGGAGAAAAGAGACUGGAUUUGGAUUUAGGAUUCUGGGCGGAAAUGAACCCGGGGAACCUAUUUAUAUUGGUCACAUCGUACCACUGGGUGCUGCUGAUACAGACGGCCGCCUGAGGUCCGGGGAUGAAUUAAUUUGUGUGGAUGGGACACCAGUCAUUGGAAAGUCACACCAGCUUGUCGUCCAGCUCAUGCAACAAGCUGCCAAGCAAGGCCAUGUGAAUCUCACAGUGCGGCGUAAAGUGGUGUUUACCGUCCCCAAAGCGGAGAACGAGGUGCCCUCGCCGGCCUCCUCGCACCACAGCAGCACCCAGCCGGCCUCGCUGACCGAGGAGAAGCGCACGCCGCAGGGCAGCCAGAACUCGCUCAACACCGUGAGCUCGGGCAGCGGCAGCACCAGCGGCAUCGGCAGCGGCGGCGGCGGCGGCAGCGGCGUGGUCAGCACCGUGGUGCAGCCCUACGACGUCGAGAUCCGGCGCGGGGAGAACGAGGGCUUCGGCUUCGUCAUCGUGUCGUCGGUGAGCCGGCCCGAGGCGGGCACGACCUUCGCAGGCAAUGCAUGUGUGGCUAUGCCUCACAAAAUAGGUCGGAUUAUUGAGGGGAGCCCUGCUGACCGAUGUGGCAAGCUGAAAGUAGGAGACCGGAUCUUGGCAGUGAAUGGAUGUUCCAUCACCAACAAGUCCCAUUCAGACAUUGUCAACCUAAUCAAGGAAGCAGGAAACACAGUUACCCUCCGCAUCAUCCCCGGGGAUGAGUCUUCGAAUGCCACUCUGCUGACCAAUGCGGAGAAGAUCGCCACCAUCACCACUACACACACCCCCUCUCAGCCUGGGGCCCAGGAGACCAGGAAUACCGCCAAACCAAAGCCGGAAUCUCAGUUUGAGUUCAAAGCACCCCAGGCAACGCAGGAGCAGGACUUUUACACUGUGGAACUGGAAAGAGGAGCCAAGGGAUUUGGCUUUAGUCUUCGAGGAGGCCGAGAGUAUAACAUGGACCUUUAUGUGCUGCGCUUAGCAGAGGAUGGUCCUGCAGAACGGUGUGGAAAAAUGAGGAUUGGUGAUGAAAUUUUAGAGAUCAAUGGCGAGACCACCAAAAACAUGAAGCAUUCUCGGGCUAUAGAACUGAUUAAGAAUGGUGGCCGCAGAGUGCGUCUGUUUCUGAAGCGGGGAGACGGCUCAGUACCAGAAUAUGACCCCAGCAGCGACCGGCCCGGCCCCGCCGCCGGCGCACCCGGUGCUUCGGAAGUGAGGGCGGCCCAGCCUCCGCCCGCCGAGCCCAGCCGCCCGCGGGACCUGCGCCCACCCUCGCCCCCGGGGCCGACGCGGGCGCGCGGGAGAGACGCCCGGGGCAGCAGGGAGCGCGGCGGGCCCCCCGGCGAGCAUCGCACCUGGAACGGGACCUGCAGGAAGCCGGCGGGCGGCGGGGCCAGCCGACCCCCGGAGCGGGCGCCCGCCGGGCCCCGCAGGCGGUCCCCGGAGCCGCGGCGGGAGGGCACCCGCAGCGCCGACACCACCCUGGAGCGCAGGGAGCCGCGCGCGCGGCGCGGGGAGGCCGCCGGCCCCGAGAGCCGGCGCGAGCGCUCGCCCGGCCGGCGGCGCCGCUCGCUCGAGCGGCCCCCGGAGCCCCGGCGCUCCCCGGAGCGGCGCGCCAAGUCCUCGGACCGCAGGCGCGCGCGCUCCCCGGAGCGGAGGAGCCGGGAGGACCGCGGCGGCCAGCGCGCCCGGGAGGAGCCGGGCCCCAAGGCCGAGGCCGGCCGGAGCGCCAGGCAGCCCCCCGAGCAGAGGCGGCGCCCCUACAAGGAGUGCAGCACCGACCUCAGCAUCUGAGACCCCCGCCGGCCGGCCGGCCGUGGCCGUGGCCCAGGUUCCCGGGUGGGAGGUGGCAGGCCCGCCGGGAAUCUCCUUCCCGACUUCCACGAAGAAGCGUCGAGCGGUCCCAGGGAGUGGCAACACCGAGGCGUUUGAGAUCCAAGGAAAAGAUCGACCUGGAAAGUAUUGUGCCUGAUGUAUCAUAUUAAAGAGAGUAUUUUUCGAUGCGCACCUUUUUUUUUUUUUGGGAAAUCAUUUGCCAAAUGUUGCCCCCACCCCCCAAGAGAUAUCGAUUUAAUUUCUAUGUAAGCUGUAGAAUUGGCAAGAAUCGUUCCCUUUGGGGGGGAGGCAUCUUUUUCUCUCCUGGUUAAAUGGGGCUGUUGAUCGUUUUCUCUAAGUAAGGAAAAUUAUUGAUUCAGUUGAAUUAAUUUGAUGCAGACUUUAUGUAGUCAUGUAGUGCUAGACUAUAGUUAGGCAUUUUUCUUAUAAAAAUAAAAAAAGAGCAAAAGGCAAAAGUUAUGUUUGUAAAAGCGGAGGACUCCGGGUGGAUUAGGAUUGCCCAUGAUCCUAAAAUGAUGCAGACUGUAUAAAGAGACUACUAUUGGGAAUGAAGGAUAUUUAUAUCGAAAUUACAUAGCACGAUGAAAUGGUAUGUGUUUGAGUUAGAAUCGUUUCAGAGAACAAUCAGUACUCUCCUUGGCCAGAGAAAGGGACAGAGAGGAGAAGGUUAGCUGCUGUUACCUGAAGCAGCACAAGCAGGAAGAUGGGUGGGUUCAUUGGCAUCACCAAGAUCUAAAAAGCUCUCGUUAAAGGCAGUACCUUCACCACUUUGCUCAACCAGUAGAAGGAAGGGACAAAAGACACUUGCUGUGCCGUCUUGUCUGAGUUGAGGCUGAAGAGUUGGAAUGGGAACCUUCCAUUGGUUCCAUUGGAAGAGAUGGAAUGUGCCCACUGUAUGAGAGCCAUAAAGAUCCCGAGGCAUAAAGUAUGUUUCCCGCUUUUAGCAUAAGCCCAUAGUUGCCCUUGCCAUGCUGGGGAGUAGGGGAUAAAUGUUGGUGGAAGGAACCUCUCCAUUUUCAAAAGUGAGCAUCAUUUGGAUGCCCUUCUUUAGAAAUGCCCUUUUCCCUUUGAAACCAUCCAAAAUGUCUCCAGAAUGACCGAAGCAGGGACAAGGAUGAGCUCUCAGACAUUCUAGAUCUAGCUGGCAAACCUCUACCCUCAUGACACUGUCCUUUGAGUCUUUGGAUGCAAAACAAAACGUGGAGUUUUUUAUUGUUGUUUUCUUUAAAAGACCCACUUGCAGGCCCGCUGGGUCAGCUGUAGCCCCAGGAUGGUUGAAAUAGAUUACUGCCUAGCUGAGCCAAAAUGUUUGCUUGUACCUGUUGGAUCACUACAGCAAACUGCUGCUUACAAUGCAUUGUGUAUUUCCGUAGUACUGUUUUGCAUUUUCCAUACAGACACAAAACUUUGCAAGUCAAUCACUGUUGUUCUAUGGUACUGUUUUAAAAAAAAAUUAAAAACAAAACAAAAAAUGGAGAAAACCAGCCGAUUAUUGUGUGUACAGAGUUUAAAACUGUAAUUAAUAGAGCCUGUUUUAAGAAAAAAAAACUGUUGCCUUUUUCUUGUAUAAAAGAGAAUUUAUGACAAAAAAUUUAGCUGUGAGGAAUGUGAUAUGUGUUUGUUUAUAUUUCUGAAUAUGGAACAAAUUGAUUCAUUGGGAUAUAUUUUAAUGUAAACUAAAUCAGGUAUGUAAAUCUGUUUUAAAAUGGGAGACUUAUAAGUAAUUCUCUAAGCUUUAGUUGGGUUGAGUAUCAUCAUUUCCACCAUGGUGAGACUGCUUGUGAAUUAUUAAGCAAUUGUUUGCAUUCUCUGUUCUUCACUCAUUUCUUGCUGUGUGCUAUGGACAUAAUGCUCUUUCUGUAUUGAUGAGAAGCAGUAUGUGGGCCAAUCUUUUUAUAAAACACUAUGCAUAUAUAAAUAUUACAUUGUUUAUAGCUUUA